AUGGGUGCUGACACAGCUUCCCUUCAAGAUCGCCUUGAGCGAUGGUCGCAAAGACUCCAGAAUCUCACAGUGUCUCCUCUGACUCGGGACUAUCCCGAGAAUCAAAAGGCAGAUCUCAAGAGAGCGAUUGAGGCCUUUGAAUCGCUCAAAUUGCCCGGCGAUGUGCAUGCUGGGUUGCAGAAGCUCUCCGGCUCAUCAUCUGGAUUCACUGCUUUCUUGACUGCUUUCGUUGUUCUCGUCGCUCGUUUGACCGGAGAUGAGGAUAUCGCUGUCGGGACAAGCUCGGCGGAAGACGGCCGGCCGUUUGUCUUGCGAGUCCCCAUCGAUCAGUCAGAAACUUUCCAGCAGCUGUACAGCAAAGUGGAAGCAGCAUUUAACCAGGGAGCUGCCGAUAUCGUCCCUCUAGGAAGCCUUCGCUCAUAUAUUCAAGAGAAAUCCAGCUCAGAACGUGCCCCGAUCCUGUUCCGCUUCGCUGUUUACGAUGCGCCUGCCUCCUCACAAGAAUACCCUGCCAACACAUUCGAUACCACCGACCUGGUGGUCAACAUUGCACCAGCAAGUGGAUCUACUUCGGAGAUGGAGCUCGGAGCAUACUACAACCAGCGACUUUUCUCCAGCGCCAGAAUUGCCAUUAUCCUGAAGCAGCUGGCGCAGAUCGUUCAAAAUGCCGUUAGCAACCCAGAGGAGGCAAUUGGAAGGAUUGAUUUCAUGACGGAGGAGCAGCGGUCGCUGUUGCCAGAUCCCACGUCGGAUCUGCACUGGUCCAAGUUCCGGGGCGCAAUCCAUGACAUCUUUGCUCAGAAUGCCGAGAAGCAUCCCGACAAGUUAUGCGUGGUAGAAACCAAGUCCGAGCAAUCUCCUCAUCGGGAAUUCACCUACAGGCAGAUCAAUGAGGCUUCGAACAUCCUGGGUCAUCAUCUCGUCAAGGCCGGUAUUGAGAGAGGAGACGUCGUGAUGGUCUAUGCUUACCGUGGUGUCGACCUUGUUGUGGCCGUCAUGGGUAUUCUCAAAGCCGGUGCAACCUUCUCGGUCAUUGACCCUGCAUACCCCCCGGAAAGACAGUGCAUUUACCUUGACGUUGCUCGGCCCCGGGCCCUCAUUAACAUCAAGAAGGCUACAAAGGAAGCCGGCGAACUGACCCAGCUCGUUCGUUCGUUCAUUGACGAAAACCUUCAGUUGCGCACAGAAAUCCCCGCCCUCGCUCUGCGCGAUGACGGCAGUUUGGUUGGAGGAUCGGUCAAUGGCCAGGAUGUUCUUGCCGAUCAAGUCCCCUUGAAGUCCAAGCCUGUGGGCGUUGUGGUCGGUCCGGACUCUACACCCACUCUCUCAUUCACCUCCGGUUCUGAGGGCAGACCCAAGGGUGUCAAGGGUCGUCAUUUCUCUCUGGCAUACUACUUCCCUUGGAUGUCCGAGACCUUCAAGCUCAAUCCCGAUGACCGUUUCACAAUGCUCAGUGGCAUUGCUCAUGACCCUAUCCAGAGAGAUAUCUUUACACCCCUCUUCUUAGGAGCUCAGCUGCUGGUUCCGGCCCGCGAGGAUAUUCAGAACGAGAGACUUGCCGAGUGGAUGCGCGAAUAUGGCGCUACGGUCACCCAUUUGACCCCUGCCAUGGGUCAAAUCCUCGUCGGUGGUGCCUCUGCGCAAUUCCCCACGCUCCAUCAUGCUUUCUUCGUUGGUGACAUUCUCAUCAAGCGAGACUGCCGUUCUCUCCAGGCGCUGGCUCCCAACGUCAACAUUGUCAACAUGUACGGAACCACUGAGACCCAGCGUGCUGUCAGUUACUAUGAAAUCCCCAGCUACUCCAGCCAAGAAGGUUACUUGGAUACCAUGAAGGAUGUCAUUCCCGCCGGCCGCGGAAUGAUCGACGUGCAAAUGUUGGUUGUCAACCGCUUUGACCCAAGCCGCAUUUGCGCGAUCGGUGAGGUGGGUGAGAUCUAUGUCCGUGCAGGUGGUCUGGCAGAGGGCUAUCUGAGCAACGAUGAGCUCAACAAGAAGAAAUUCCUCACAAACUGGUUUGUUGACCCUCAGGCCUGGACUGAAAAGGACAAGGCCGAAUCGCAGGGCACCAACGAGCCCUGGAGACAGUUCUACGUCGGGCCCAGGGACCGCUUGUACCGCAGUGGUGAUCUUGGCAGAUAUACUCCGUCUGGUGAUGUUGAAUGCUCUGGUCGUGCCGAUGAUCAGGUCAAGAUCCGAGGUUUCCGCAUCGAGCUUGGUGAGAUUGAUACUCAUCUGUCUCGUCAUCCUCUGGUCCGGGAGAAUGUCACUCUGGUGCGGAGAGACAAGUUCGAGGAACCAACCUUGGUCAGCUACUUUGUGCCAGAUAUGAGCAAGUGGGCCUCGUGGCUUGAGAGCAAGGGUCUCAACGACGAUGACUCCGCUGAAGGAAUGGUGGGCAUGCUCAGACGCUUCCGACCUCUUCGUGAUGACGCCCGUGAACACCUGCGGAGCAAGCUCCCUGCCUAUGCUGUGCCGACCGUCUUCAUUCCUCUGAAGCGCAUGCCUCUGAACCCCAAUGGCAAGAUCGACAAGCCUGCCCUGCCAUUCCCUGAUACUGCGGAACUCAGUGCUGCAGCCCCCCGCCGCAAGUCUUCCGUGCUGCAGGCGCUCUCCCAAACCGAGCAGACUUUGGCCCAGAUUUGGGCCAAUCGCAUUCCCAACGUCACGUCUCGCAUGAUCGGACCUGACGAUUCCUUCUUCGAUCUCGGUGGACACAGUAUCUUGGCGCAGCAGAUGUUCUUUGAUCUGAGACGUAAGUGGCGUGGAGUUGACAUUAGCAUGAAUGCCAUCUUCCGCAGCCCUACUCUCAGAGGGUUUGCUGCCGAAAUUGAUCGCUUGAUCAAUGCGGACUCUUUCGCAACCAGUGCUAAUGAGACCGAUGCCGCCGCCGACACUUCGGCCGCAUCAGCUGGACCCGACGACGAGUAUUCCAAGGACGCUCGCAAGCUGGUUGAUCUUCUUCCUAAGUCGUUCCCUGAGCGCACGGAGCCCAUUCUCUCUGGCGAGCCAACUGUCUUCCUUACUGGUGCGACUGGAUUCCUGGGCGCGCAUAUCCUCCGCGAUUUGCUCACACGCAAAUCGCCCCUGGCGAAGGUUGUGGCGCUCGUGCGUGGUAAGACCGAAGAGCAGGCUCUGGAUCGUGUCCGCUCUACCUGUCGCGCGUACGGUUUCUGGGAUGAGGCAUGGACCAGCCGGCUCCAGUGCGUCUGCGGUGAUCUUGGAAAGCCGCAGUUUGGUCUGUCCGAGGCAUUGUGGAAGGAUUUGACCGAACGAGUGGAUGCUGUGAUUCACAAUGGCGCUCUUGUCCACUGGGUGUACCCUUAUUCUACACUCAAGCCCGCCAACGUCCUGGGUACCAUCGACGCUCUGAAGCUCUGCGCUAGCGGAAAGCCCAAGCAGUUCUCCUUUGUUAGCUCGACCAGUGUGCUUGAUAAUGACCACUACGUGUCUGAAUCGGAACGGAUCAUCGCGGCCGGUGGUGCCGGUAUCAGCGAGGAGGACGAUCUUGAGGGCAGCAGCGUGGGUCUUGGAACCGGAUACGGUCAGAGCAAGUGGGCUAGCGAGUACCUCGUCCGCGAGGCCGGCCGCAGGGGGUUGAAGGGAACCGUUGUCCGUCCUGGUUAUGUUCUGGGUGACUCCCAGACUGGAACCACAAACACGGACGACUUCCUCAUUCGUAUGAUGAAGGGUUGCAUUCAGCUUUCUGCUCGUCCCAACAUCCACAACACCGUCAACAUGGUGCCCGUAGACCACGUCGCCCGUGUGGUCAUCGCUGGUGCCUUCCAGCCUCCCUGCACGCCGAUCGGAGUUGCCCAGGUCACUGGACACCCGCGGCUGCGGUUCAACCAGUUCCUGGGCGCUCUGCAGGCCUACGGAUACGACGUGCCCCAGGUCGAUUACGUUCCGUGGAAGAUGUCUCUCGAGCACUACGUGAAUGACGGAAAGCACGAUGACCCCGAGUCCCAGCAUGCCCUUAUGCCGCUGUACCAUUUCGUCACGGCCGACCUCCCCUCCAACACCAAAGCCCCCGAACUAGACGAUGUCCAUGCCGCUGCCUCCCUCCGGGCCGAUGCCGCCUGGUCCGGCAUCGAUGCGUCCGCCGGCGCCGGUGUGACGGAGGACCUAGUCGGUUUGUACGCCUCCUACCUUGUCACGAUUGGAUUCUUGCCCGCACCCCCUGCCUCUGCGACCGGCGCACGGCCCUUGCCCUCGGUGCAACUCAGCGAAGACCAGAAGAAGGCUUUGACGAACGUGGGUGGACGUGGAGGUGCUUCUUGA